ACCGAAGCUGCCGGGGGAGUAAAGGGGAGUAAAGGGGAGUGGUCGGGUGGCGGCUGUGGGUGAUGGGCGCCAGAUUUGAAUUCAGGCGUGGGCGUGGCGUCCUCAAACAUGUCGAGGGUGAUCGAUAGAGCUGAGUGAUUGCUGAUUAGGUUUCUGAUGAGAAGUGCAGAUUAGUUUUUGCCCGAGAGUGACUUCUGCACCUGCAGCCAGUUGUAGCCAUGGUGGAAAAAGAGGCGACAAGGAACAUUUUGUGAAUCAAAGUAGUUCAUACAGGCAGUCACAAGAGGGCAGUGUGGGUGUUGUAGGUGUAGGGCGGGCCUCACAACACACAGAUAGUCGUGAUUGUAUCACCCUCAAGGGGUUUUAUAUAAUUGUGUCACAGUGUAGAUUGAAGGUGAGAUGUUUAUAUCCAAAUAAUGACCUGUGUUAGUGAUGUUGGGUUGAUAAACAGCAGUUUCAAAAAGUGUAAUCUGUCCAAACAGCCAGAUUAUACUUCUGGGCACUUUUUUAUGGCACUUCCUGGUCACAGAUUUACUGUUUGGUAACAUGAUUAAACAUGUUUAAUUAGGAAAAAGCUACACAAAACUGAAUCAAUGUGGGACACAGGUUUGUUUGUUUGUUUGUUUGUUUAUUAAGAUCCCCAUUAGCUUCUGUAUAACAGUCGCUAUUCUUCCUCAGGUCCACACAGUUUACAUACUAAAUUCACAUUACUCAUCACAAUACACUGACACAACACAUCGUAACGCACAUAUACUGUAGAUUAAACAAUAACAAUUAAAGCACUCUAUAGACAAACAAAACAAAAAGACUGGCUCUGAAUGAAUUCAUCAUAUAUUAACAAAAAUGUCCUUAUGAUCUAACAGAUAAGUAUCAACAUUUCACCAGAUUGACCAUGCUUCAAGUCUUGCACAUCAUUCCCCUAUCUUACAAUUUUAUUUAACCUUUUGUCAUCUUAUCAGUCAACAAAAACACAAUUCACAGGGAUACAUGAGCAUCUUUACAAGCAUAGGCAAGAUUUAAUAAAGAUAAAAGACAAGCUUCAUAAAACCAGUGUGAUCUAACUUGAGAAUUACAUUCAUAAACAUAAACAUUUUUGCUUUCGGUAUCAAUAACCUACUGUGGAUCUAUUCUUCUCCACCCUAGUGCUAAAUUAGCUGAUGUCAUGUUACUCCACAUGGAAAACCUGGGUUGGGUUCAUAAGUGGAAAGUUUUGUAGGUUGUUAUGUUGUGUUCAGGGGUUAACCGCUCAUAACAACCUCCCAACAGUCCUAACGUUGCCUUGAAAUAUGUAAAUACUACAUAGAGAAUGGAAAAUAAAGUGCUUCAAACCAUCAGCUUUCCUGGUUUGAAUAUCAAAUAUUCAACCAGGAAACACAAUUCCCAUGAAACUUGCAACACAAGAUCUCAGAGAAAAGAUUCAUAGAAAUCGGUGCUUGUGGGUGUGUGCCUGUGACUUAUUUUUCAGUUUCUGAGCAGGUCGUACGGCUCAUUAUCAAGGUCUCUAACAACCCUUAUUCAGGACAGUCUCCUCUAGUAUUGGUGAGACACGUUGCUUUGAAAUUUAUAGGAAUACCAGGGUGUGUAUUUGUACACUCAAAGAAUAUUAAAGAAUCUACCAGCCCAGCCUGUCACUUUCAGCAUUUCAGAGCAUCUUUUCCGCAUAUAAAAUAAAUUAUUAAUUUGUUACAUAACCAAUAGAACAUUUUGUUCAUUUCAGCUAUUUCCACCGCAGUAUAUAUUCAUAUUAUGCACUUGUCAAAAGCUGGGAUGCAUGGAUGAAACAAAUGUGAGCGUGGUCACUUUAUUCCUCUCUCUCUCUGCCUCUUCUUAUUUUAUCAUCAUCUUUUUCUCAUGGUUCUCCUCUUGGAGGGGAGAGAGGGGGGAGCAGAGAAAGGCGAGGUUCUGUUGUCAAAUCUGUCAGUCUCGCCAGCCUGGCCCCUCCUACCUCAGUGGAGGCAUUACAUACUGCUGGUGCUGGUGCUCUUAGCAACCGUGCCUCAGCAACAGAGCCACGGCAACAGAGCUCCACGGCAACAGCGUGCCGUGUCUCCCCAAUGGAGCUGCCAUUGGGCGGACCAGCGCUCAGGCACUACACCCAGAGCAGACCGAGACCUCACCGACAAAAACUGAACUAUCGUCCCAGCAGACCGCAGGUACUGUGAAGGAGGAUCAGAGAGGUUUUGUAAAAAUGGAGUGUGAAGGAAAAGGUGGUGUGUGUGUGUGUGUGUGAGGAGAGAAAAUGGAAGGGAGAGGAGAGAGGAGAGAUGUAAUAGGGUACAGAGGGGAGAGGCAGGGGGAAGGGAAGGACGGAGGGGGAGUGCUGUAAAAGAUGCCUGGUCCCUGCUUGAAUAAGGCAGUCCCAUUGUACUGGUCACCGGCUGUUUGGAGAAGCCACACUUGGUAUUAGACUGAAUGUCUUCUCUUGAUCUCGCUUUAAAAAAACAACCUUGUGGCAUUUGUAUUUUUUCCACAGGAUUGUAUCAAAAUCUAGUGAUCAUCUCCAUUUUCCACUGAGCUGAUCAUGUUGUCACAGAGCUAUUAGGCUGUAGACAUAUAGUCACUCCCUUGGAGCCAAUGGCCAGGGAGACAAAAUUCACGAAAUUCCCCUGACAGCAGAUCAUGUAACGGUGACUUCUGCUAAAUUUGUGUUCUGCAGUCAACCUCCUGGCUUUUAUUGCUACUUGUGGGCACAGAUGUUAAUAUGAUCAGGAUGAUGCAACGCUGUACAGCUGCAAUUUCAAUAUCACAUUACCUACAUUGGCAAAAUGAGUUAUCCUGCUUUCAUUCUGCAUGUAAAAUCCAGUGACGCCCCCCCAUUGUACGUUACUGAGCAACUGACUCCCAGGAGACUGGUUUGUAGCAUGACUGGAUGAGAUAUUCAAACCAAAAUAUACCUAUAGAGGCAGAAGAAACACUAGUGCCAGAGUGUGUGGGUUUUUCAGAGGUGAGGCUUAUGUAAUGUAAAGUUACGUGUGAUGCAAGUUUCUCUUCAACAUCAGUUUGUUUGAUCUUUGGUGUAAAAUGUUUGUGUUUUCUGUGCAUGUGUUUGGUAAUCAGGAGACAAUAAUUGAAAGUGACAAUGAAGUUCUUGAGCUCAUGGGGAGGGUGGAUGAAGGAGUUGAAGAGUUCUUUACUAAGAGAGUACUUCCUACUGAUACACUAAAAAAGCAAGAUGAGGAAUCUAUCACAGUGCACGAAGUGGCUCCUGCCAGCGCUGUCCCUUGUCCACCCCCGACAAAAACACUCAGGAGGAAGCUCGGUGAUUUCUUUACUCUCAAAAGGAGACGAGGCCUGAAGUCGGAACCGAGCCAAGAGGGACGUCCCAAAAAGGCCUCCAUCGCUGAUUUCAUCCGCCCGCUCAGGGAGGUCGCCAGAGCUGAGAAAGAAAAGGAAAAGGACCGAGUGAAGGAACAUGACAAGGAAAAUGAAAAGGAGAAAGCAAAAGAACAUCCCAGCGCUCUUACUGGAGAGUCAGCUGUUCAGGAGACACCUGUUUCUGGUGCUCCACCACUGAGGGGAGAAGCGGUGCCUCCCCGCCGAGCUCUCAGAGAGGGGAAGUCCCAGUCUCUCAUUUUGCUGUCUGGAUCAGCAGCAGGGACUACUAAUGCCAGAAACACUGCAAAGAAACAAUUUGAAGGCCAACAUAGCUUUGAACAGAAACUCCAUCUCAUGCUCCAACGCAUUGGAGUUUCCAAAGCCCAGCCAGGAGAGACACAGAAUCAGGAGGGAGAGAUGAAAAAAGCAGAAUCUGAAGGUACUAUCAUUGACAGCAAACCUGAGCCACCACCGACUUUCACAAAACCUCGAACGAUGUCUGCGUCGUCAGACACGAGGCAUCAAAUUCGCCCAAGUGUGUCAGCACAUGAGUCAGCUGGGAAACCCGCUUUGCUUCCAAAGCCAGUUCUCAAGCCGGGUCCACCCCCGACAACAUCUGGCCGCAACACACCUGAGAACGAGCUAGCCCAAAUACAGGAAGGGGAGACAAACACGCCCACUAAACCGAGUCCAGCUGCAGCUCCGUCUACCCCAGCUGCUCCUGCCCUCACUGACACCACCACCCCUUCUGUACCGACAAUCUCAAACUCAGUCUCUGACUCAACCGAUUUUACAAUUUCCCCUUCAAGUACUGUACUGCCCUCUGACACAGAUAUAUGCACUGACUCUGUUAACCCCGCUGCAGCAGCUACAACACCCACGAAUGUUACAGAGCUCGACAACAAACCUAUCCACGAAGCUAACGCCACUACCACUGAACAACCCACCGCUACCUUUCUGACAACCCUUACGAGCACCACUACACCCACAGAGCCCCCCGCCACUGUCUCAGUUACUUCCACUUCCAUUACUCCAAGCCUCUCUGUCACUUCCAGCUCAACGAUAACUACGCCUUCCAUUACCACCUCAGAAACCGUUGCUGCUCCCAGCUAUGAAAGCCCGGUUUCCACAACAUCAACAAAUCUGUCAGCUACAUCGACUCUCCCAGAGCCGAAUGGUAUUCUCUCAGUUGAUGCUGCUCCUGCUGCAGGUGGUGAUGCAGCUAUUUCUCUCACCACCGCAGCUUCUUUACCCUCCACCAGCAUAUCAGAUAUGUCUACUACCACCAAUUCAGUUACUGAAGCUGGUGAUGAUUCCACUUUAGUUACCUCUGCCAGCUCUCUAACCUUAGUUUCAUCAGUCACUAAAACAACAUCUCCACCCCCUGAUGGCCCUGACGCCCCCAUUACCUCUUCUUCCUCUCCGGCCUCUUCUGCCCUUCCUCCCACCAGCUCCACCUCUUCCACCACCACCGCCACUACAAGCCCAACAUCCACCGACUGCAUGGACUCUACUUCCAUCAUUACUCACUCAGCCAUCCCUAGCCCUUCUGAUAUCUCUGUACCCUCCACUUCUUCCAGUGAGACAAACCCUACAGACACCACUACCACCACCACCAGUUUAAACCGUGCAGACACCACUUCCACCCCCAGUUCAGCAAACGCAGCUGCGAUUAGUUCCCCUCUCUCGACUGACUCAGACCCCCCUGACCCUAACAAUAUCAGCACUACCCUCACACCAACUAGCUCUGGCCUCCCUGAUACUGAUAACUCAAGUGCUGCUUCUCACCAUUUGACCAGUCCAGCGCCCUCCAAUGAUAGUCCAGGUCAAAAUAACGAUGUACAAACACCUUCCGAAGAAAGAUCCAGCAUAGAGCUUGCGGAGAAGAGCGCAGCAGAUGAGGAGCUUGAGACGGUUCAAAAGAGCAAGCAGGCUGAGACAGACGAGAGCAAGAAAGUCAUCGAUGUUGGGAAUGAGAGCGAGAAUGAAAAGGGGAAACCAGCUCUGGUCAACAGCGACGUGAUGAGGAAAGAAGUGCAGGAGGAAAGUGUGAAACCUGAAGAAGACGCAGUGAAAACAGAAGUGGGAGUGGCUGAAACUGCAUCAGGGAAGGAGGGUGAGCUGUAUAGCGAUGAGGGGGUGACAGGUCAAAAACCAGAAGAAACCAAGUCAGUGGGUGUGAAGUAAUUAAAAAAUCAACAAAUUUAUAAACACGGGACCAACUACUGUGACGGGGCAGGAGAGGCCACAGUAAAGGGUAAAGGGGGGCAGAUGAUCCAUGGCACUUCCUACAGGGACCACCACAUUAAAGCAGCACACCACAAAGGGUGGGCCACUGGACCAAAGAACUGAGAUCCCCUUGGUGUGAUGUAAUCAACAAAUCCAGCAGUGUCUUUGUCCUUUUUUAACUUAUGUUUGAAUUUUUGCAUUGCACGUAUGAUUAUGUACCAUAAGACAACUCCUGUGGUAAAAUACACCAUGUUAUA